AAAAAAAAAAAAAAAAAAAAAAGGCUGCCUAGAGUAACAUUUGAACUACCUACGAAUAAUCGGCGGGGUACUGCAUAGGUAGUACAAUAGUCGGGAGAUAUUUAGUCUUUUUGGGUUGGUUUCAUUUUCGUUACCUUUUUUUUUACACCCCACGUGCAGCUCGUCGUUUUCGUCCCCUAAAAAAAACGCGACCCGGUUCUUGGGCCGUUUCUUCGAGACCAGGAAAAAGAGAGACAAGGGUGUGUGGGGGGAAAACCACAACCGACGAGAAGGCAUUCGGCAGAUCGCUAUCUCCCUACGGAUAAUCCAAAUAAGAGAAAUCGUGAUCGGGGAACCCGGAUAUUUCAAACUCACCGCUUCUGACUGAACACACCCUACUGUAUCUUGUUGUUGCCGUCAGAAUUACCGUUUACGUUUGCAGACAACCGUCACUGCUACCACCCGACAGGGGGUCGCAUGGGUGUUUAAAUGGCUUCGCCGCGCCGAUCAGAAGCCGACCUCGCCAGCCCGGCACGCGGGCCGGGUUCGGGCCCGCCAUCCCCACCUCAUCCCGGUCCCGACUCGGCAAGGCCACUAUCAAGAAUCACGUCGGCGGCAGCGUCACCACCACCACCGGGACAACGAACCGCGGAACCACCCACAACCAUCUCUAUCCCCCGCACCCUCUGGCGCCUCAGCAUCCCUUUGUACAUCACUCACCCCUCCCUCCCCAACACACCCUUCAUAACCUCCCUCCCGCGCGUAUCCUACCUGUCUCUUCUUCUCCCCCGGAUCCGCGCCUUCCUGCCCCCAUCCAUCCCAGCCCCGACCAGCUUCCACCACGAAGGGAUCGCGCUGCGCGCCCUGCCGCUCGGCCUGCUCGUCGACCUGUACCAGCCCACGCUGCCGUGGCGCCUGACGGUCGACCAAGGGGACGACUGGCACGUGGGCGACACCUUCCUCAACGGCGUCAAGGAGGCCGACUUUGUGCGCAACGGACACGCCAAGCAGAUUAUGGGCAUGAGCAAGGCCGACACCACGGCGCUGUGGAACGCCGUCCGCGACGCAGACUACCCGGCUUGGGCCCGCAUCAACGCCCGUCUGCUCAACCCUAGCACCCCGAUCAAGCACGUGCCCCUGCGCAUCUACAUCCCCAGCAGCGGUGGUGGUGGCGCCGGGGGAGCAACGCCCGCCGGGUCUUUUAGGGUCAUGCAGACCCUCGUUCCACCCCGGACGGCAAACCGUAUUCCGCAGACUCUCGGCCCAACACUACGUGACUUGCUCCCUGUCUUGUUCCCGAGCAGCAGAGAUCCCGUACUGGCCAACGUGGUGCUUCACGGCGCUCCCGUGCCAUUCUCGGCCCCGCUAGAGGGCUUGAUGCGCGAGGCCGCCUAUCCAGACGGCUGGCUUUGUUUAACCGUCGUGCCAUUAUGAUUUUUUGACAGGGGCAAAAACAGUAGUCUUGAGCUCAAGGGCUAAAAACUUGACCGUUGUUUCCCUCCAACUAGAACUAGAUGGUGAUUUGAGCGACGUUCGAUUUCACGUGCAUUGAAUUUGGUUUCACAAUUCUUGGAGCUGAAAAGAUGCAAGGAUGGCCUUUGAUGUUUAUUGCCUCACAAAGAGAUUCAAGAGACCAAAAAAGAACAACAUGUCUUAUCCAACAAAGUACUUCAAGAUCAAAUAUGAUCCACCCUCAACCAGCCAUCUAUAUAUGCAACAUGUACUUGCAACGGACCUGUCCGCCGCGCAGCUAUCACUUCGUACCACCUCGCAAUAAAAAAAGAAAAAGGAAUAUACCAUCAUUAGAGUAUGCGUGUAUAACAUAACUCAGAAAGUGAAAAGAAAAUCAAAGAAAAAGCCGACCUAGUAAAUGGGUAUGUAUGCAGGUACGCUUCAUCCAAGAAGAUAAACAAAGAAUACAAAACGUCGCUGAGCAU